UUGGUGUUACAAGGUCUCAGGUGUGAAUGGGGAGCGGGGGGGUUACAUUUGGUGUUAUCGCUCUCACUCUCUCAUACUGGUCACUGGAAGUUCAGCAUGGCACCUCAUGGCCAAGAACUCUCUGAGGAUCUGAAAAAAAGAAUUGUUGCUCCACAUAAAGAUGGCCGAGGCUAUAAGAUUGCCAAGACCCUGAAACUGAGCUGCAGCACGGUGGCCAAGACCAUACAGCAGUGUAACAGGACCGGUUCCACUCAGAACAGGCCUCGCCAUGGUCCACCAAAGAAGCUGAGAGAAGUUGAGUGCACGUGCUCAGCGUCAUAUCCAGAGGUUGUCUUUGGGAAAUAGAAGUAUGAGUGCUGCCAGCAUUGCUGCAGAGGGUGAAGGGGGCUCAGACCAUACGCCGCACACUGCAUCACAUUGGUCUGCA